AUGGAGUUCUUUGCUGCAGCAUCUUCUUUCCUUGAUCUUCUCUACUUUUUGAAUUCGAUUCGAGUCAAAUCUUUGGUCAGCCAGGUCCUCUGCAGCUUCCAUACUCAGCUUCUGGAACACACACGGAUAAAAGCCGGUUACUGGUAUUCCGGUAGCGAAUUCCCUACCACUGAUAUAAUUUCGAGUCUCUUCACUCACCUUAUAUGUGCCUAUGCAGGCCUCAACUCUUCCACAUACCAAAUCUCCAUCUCUGCUUCAGACGACUACUACUUCUCCACCUUCACCGACACCAUCAAGCAAAAGAAUCCAUCAGUCGUAACCCUUUUAUCCAUUGGUGGUGGACUAGCCAACUCUUCACUCUAUUCGUCAAUGAUCAGCCAAUCUUCUUCUAGGCAGUCUUUCAUUCAGUCUUCAAUAAUAACAGCAAGAUUCUAUGGGUUUCAUGGCCUAGACUUUUGUUGGGUUUCGCUGAGUACUGAAUCUGACAUGGCCAAUAUGGCCAUACUUCUUGAUGAGUGGUGA